AUGGCGGUGCUUUCGAAAAGCGAGGUGGAAGAGCGUAUUGCUAAUGGCGAGGUCAUAGUGAUCUAUAAGAGUGCGGUGUUGAAGCUGGACAAGUGGAUCAAGUACCACCCGGGCGGAGAUAAGGCUAUAUAUCAUAUGGUUGGGCGCGAUGCGACAGACGAGAUGAACGCGUACCAUAGCGAUGAAAGCGUGCAGCAGUUCAUGCGCUGGAAGAUUGGGCAUGUGGAGGGGGAAUGGAAGAACCUGGUGCCUCCAAUACAGCGCAAUGCCUGCGAGACGAGCAUGCAGCCGGGCACUCCGGGCGAUGAGGACACCUGCUACGAGGACGACGCGUGCGACGCCAAGGUGGAGACGAUGGGGCAGGCGUACAAGAACCACGUAGUAGUCGAUCCGAUGCAGCUCAGCGAGCUGUUCGACGAGGAGAGAGCGGCGCUCGACCGCAAGCUGUUUCCCAGCGCCGAUAGUGAAACUCAGCAGAGGAUUUCGGCGGAGUACAACAAGCUGCAUCAGGAGCUCAUAGACGCGGGCUUCUACGCCUGUCCGUAUUGGAAGUACGGCGUCGAGCUGCUACGGAUAUCCACGCUGCUGGGCGCGUCGUAUUUCACAUUGAUCAGGCUCAAUUGGCAGAUCGUGUCCGCGCUGCUGCUGGGCGUUGCGUGGCAGCAGGCAGUCUUCAUUGCCCACGACGCCGGCCACAUCUCGAUCACACACAACUACCAGGUGGACAGCGUUUUUGGAAUGCUGGUGUCCGCGUGGUUCGGCGGGCUGUCGCUGGGAUGGUGGAAGCGCAACCACAACGUGCACCACCUGGUGACGAACGACCCGGAGCACGAUCCCGACAUCCAGCAUCUGCCGUUCUUUGCGGUCACCUCGCGCCUGUUCACGGGCCUCAAGUCCACGUACUACGAGCGUGACCUGGCCUUCGACCUGCCCGCGCGCAUCUUUAUCCCCCUGCAGCACAUACUGUACUACCCGAUUCUUGCGUUCGGUAGGUUCAAUCUCUACGUGCUGAGCUGGACUCACUUGCUGGGCGGCAAAGGGCCACGCCACGGCCAAGCCGCGUGGUUCCGUUACUUCGAGCUCUGUGGCCUUGUCUUCUUCUGCUACUGGUUCUGCUACCGCCUGCUCGCCUGCUCGCUCUCCACCGCGACCGACCGCGUGCUGUACGUGCUCGUGUCCCACCUCACCACCAUGAUCGUCCAUGUGCAGAUCACGCUCUCGCACUUCGCCAUGUCCACAGCCGACCUUGGCGUGUCGGAAUCCUUCCCGCAGCGGCAGCUGCGGACCUCAAUGGACGUCGCCUGCCCGCGCUGGCUGGACUUCUUCCACGGCGGCCUGCAGUUCCAGGUCAUACACCACCUCUUCCCUCGGCUCCCUCGCCACAACCUGCGCGAUGCUCAGCCGUACCUCUUGCGCUUCUGCGAGCGUGUGGGCAUUAAGUACUCCAUCUACGGGUUUUCGCACUGCAAUUCCAUGGUGCUGUCCCACCUCGAGCAGAUUGCCCAGCAGGCCCGCACCGUUCUUGCAUGUGCCCACACGAUGGGACCUCACAAAGACGUGGCAAUGCCGGCCCCAGGCGGAGACAGCCGCCAGUAUAGUAACCCUAAGCAUGCAUAG